AUGGGCCCCGAAUGCACGCCGUACGAGGGCGGUUUUUCACUUCGUGAUACAGUGCCCGCCCGACUAACCGAUCAAACACCACGCGUUCUUCAUGACCACCGGCUACGCUGCGUGCGCUUCAACCCGAACUGUACGAGUGUGGCAAGUGGUUCCCUCAGCAUACUGGGCACCUGGACGGGGCCGGCCUGGAGCCCCCUGCGCAGUGCAUCGCCGUGUGCUCCUCUCGACCAGCGCUGCUCUGUGAAAACCCGUACCACAACGAGCCGGGCUAUGAAACCGAGAGGCGGCCGGGGCUCCAAGCGGUACAACCUCAUCGUGCAGCACGAGACAAUCCGCGUGGCCGUGCGACGCCAUCGAGGCCUGCCUCAACGGAUCUCGACUUGUCCAGCUCCCCUGAGGGAGGUCAUGCUCAAGACAUUCCCGGACACUACUAGACAAGUACGAGGCAGUUGUCGUGUCACACUUUGCUUGAGCAGCGAUUGUCGAUAG